AUGGAGGUGAUGAUUCUCUCCGACUGUGAGUCGGAGGGUGAGAGGAUGGUCUCGGCCUCCUCAGACGUAGAAUCCACCCUCUCGGAGGGGAAUUCGCGCGCGGUGUCGCGCUCCGGGUCGGCCAGGGAGGAGGAAUCCUCAAGGGCCCCCAAGCGCGCCGCACCCCCGUCGAACGAAUGUAUGGAGCCCGAAAGGGCUCCAAAGAUUAACACGGCCCGUAGGGGCAGAACUAGAGGCCCCGGGAAGCCCUUCCCCGGUGCGGCGACGGCAGGGAGGGGGCGCUCCAGCUCGUCAGAGUGGAACGCCCUCCAGAAGGAAGCGGACGCCGCCUUCUUCAAGGAGGCCCUGGGCCGGGAUCAGGCCGGGGAGGCUGAACCCGAUGGCACGGCGGGCCUCAUGCGAGAGACCCUGGCCCAGGAGGCACGAGACGGCCUCGCAGCAAUAUUGGCGGAGACCGCCAAGUCCUCUAACCUCAAGGGGACGGUGGUCAAAGCCAUAAAAGAGGCCGUCAGAAAGGUGGAAGGAGCCGUCGAUUUCCUUCACCGUGGAGAGACGGCGACGGAGGCGGCGCGGCGGAUGUCGGAAGACAACCGCCGGAUGAGGGGGCAGCUCGCUGCCCUGGAGACGGAGAUGAAGGCCCUGAGGGGGGCCUACUCCUCUGCCAUGGCCAAGGCCAAGGCACAGGUGGCCCCACCGCCGUGUAGCUCCGCGGAGAUGCACGCGGGAGUGAGGGAGGCCAUCGACGAUCUCAGGCGGGACAUCUUUUCCUCGAUGAGGAAUAUGAUGGACGCCCGCCUGGGGGACAUCGAAAGACGCCUCCCCGCGGAGUACCUACGCCCCCCUCUGGGCGGCAGAACAGGGGCACCCGCCCCCGAGGCGACGCCUGCCGCCAUCGCCGUCGCCGCAGCCGCCCCGAAGUUGCUUCCCUCCGCCGAGGCCUCCAAGUUGACAACGGGCCCUUCCCUGACUGACCAGGCGGAAACGCCUUGGUCACAGGUAGUCGGCCGCAAGGCCAGAAAGGCCAAAACGGCAGCUGCCGCCCCCCAAGCGGCACGGGCCCCCGCCAAGGCGGCCCUUAAGACGGCUCCCAGACCCAGGGCUCUCGCCACCCCGAAAUCAUCGGCGGUGGUGAUCACGCUGAGGCCCGAAGCGGUGGCGGAAAAGGGGGCCACUUACAAGGGGGUCCUAGAGGCGGCGACCGCUGCGGUCGAUUUGGGCAGCCUCGGCAUCCCGCACGUGCGGGUGCGGAACACCCAGACAGGUGCCCGCAUAGUUGAGGUGCCCGGGGCGACAAGCGCCGAGAAGGCCGACACCCUGGCGGCCAAGCUGGAGGAGGUGAUCGGGGGGCUGGCGACAGUAACACGGCCUACCAAAACCGCCGAUCUAAGGGUCACCGGCUUUGACGAGUCGGUGACCCCGGAGAAGAUCCAGGCGGUGGUGGCCGCGAAAGGCCAAUGCCCCCAGUCCGCCGUGAGCGUGGGAGCAGUCAGGCUGGCCCCCAACGGGAGGGGGUCAGCCAUCGUCCGCUGCCCGGUGACGGCAGACCAACGGGUGGCGGCUGCCGGCCGCAUGUUGGUGGGGUGGUCCUCCGCCGUGGUCCAUGUGAUGGAGCCCCUCCCCAUGCGCUGCUUCAGGUGCAUGGGGAUUGGCCACACCAGAGCCCUCUGCCCGUCCAGUGUGGAUAGGAGCGGGGUCUGCUUCAGGUGUGGCCAGGUGGGACACUCGGCCUCCGGGUGCACGGCAACCCCUCGGUGCUCGGUAUGCACCGCGACUCGCCGUCCAGCGGACCACAUAAUGGGGGGGCGAUCUUGCGCUCCCCCUCCCACCAAGGGCAAGCCGGCGGGGACCUCAGGCCCCCCUCCUAUUGAAGGACAAAGUAUGGAGCAGUAA